AUGGGGCAAACGCCCACCUUGCAAGAUCAAGCCUAUGCACUGCUCGAAGGUCCGGCAGAAGUCGUUAAGAAGAACCUCACUGCCGACAGCCACGAGCUAGCGCAUAAGACACCGGAGGUCCGAGGCGCCAUUCAGACGAAUAGCCCUACCAGCGGCAAUGCCGAGCUCGUGAGAGAUAUUGGUUGGCAUAAGGCUAACGUUGAGAUACCGGACCCGUUGAUUGGCGGUUAUACCAAUGGAGAGCUUUUCUCGAUCAUCAGACGCUUUAACAAGGAUGUCUUCGACGUGAAAGCUGUGCCUGCUGAAAUUGCAAGUGGUCUCGACCUCAAUGAUGCGUGGGCUCAAGAUCGCAUCACGGACAAGGUGACUCUGAAUCUACAACGAGUUUAUUUGUCUGUUGUGCUUGGUAUCGCAAGUUUUGCAAAGCAUGUCUCGCGACUUCGUUCCUGGAAGGAAACUCGCCGUACAACGGCGUUCUGCACGAAGAUAUACUUCAUUGCAUGGAUAUUUGACAUGUUAGUGCCACUUGCUAUUGGAACGUUGAUUGCGACGGUAUCUUCUAGGCGAGCUCGUACCACCCUCUUUCCUCCGGCACCGCGUGCUCUGGUGAACAUGAGAACAGGCGGGAUUCAGAAGCCCCAAGCUGGUCAACUAGGUACCAAUGAGACACUCACUGGCGCCCCUGAAAAACAGCCGGGUGAAGCCGUCGAGGAGGAGGCAGCAAAUUUUGUCGCUAACGUCCGCCACAACAUUCAAAGGGCUCUCGGUAUGCAUGACAGUCCCCAAGGGGAAGGGGAGCCGCUGGAAGGCAAGGUUCCCAAACCUAUCAGGUCAGCGCUCAAGACCGUCCAUGAGGCAGGUUCUGCACCUGGGCAUGUCACUGAGAAUAUGGACCAAACUCAACGGCCAAUGGAGGAGAUCAUAUGGUCUGGAGUUAACCCAGAAAUUAUUGCCAAGGUCCUUGAGACUUUGCCACAUGUGAUAGGGGAAAUAGCUGAUAAUUGGGAGAGGUUUGCGAACGCAAUUUCACCAAAACCGCCAUUUUCGCGGUUCUCGUUUCUCAGAAUUGAUGCCGUCCUUGCUCCCAUCUUGCUUGUUUCUCUUUUUGUUGACUAUUACAUGGUUUACAAGGGAACUGGGUUUGCUAUUGGAUUCGUCAUCUUUGGCGAUCCAAUCCUGAGACCUGCGAUUGCAUGGUUCAAGCGACACGUGCCUAAUUACAAGGAGCUUGUACAGCCUAAGAAUAACUUUCUUCGCGGCGUUCCUACCAACACCCAGAAAGCAAUCACCCUUCUCCGCAUCGGCGAGGCGUAUAAUACGCCUCUUCCCCCUGUACCCACAUCCAAUCCUAGUGAUACGGAUCAUCAGAACAUUAUUAACGCUGAAGAUAUCCCUCUCGGUGCCACUCACACGGAUAUCCUUGAUGCGGCGACGCCUGGUGCUCAUGCAAAUUCCGAUGGCGACGAAGAAGACACCGAUAAACCAAAGCACAAACAUCUCUCGAGGGUCGUCCGGUUCUUCAAGGGCAAUGCCAGAUCUGUGGUUGAGACAAAGCUCGCAAUUGAUCACGUCCGGGCCGCAGCCGGAUCGGAGACUGCGAAGGGCCAUUUAGGCGUGAUGGUUAAGACAGAACACCUCAUUUACACCGGGCCCAGCCAAUAUAGUUGUCGGUUCCAGGGGAAACAUGGAUGGUUGGUCAUCAGAAAGUCUGCCGGCCCGAGCCUCUUAUUCACUCACGAUGACCCAAGACAGAGGAGCGUCAAGGAUAUCGAGCCGGUGUUUGAGAUUUCCGUGAAGGAUAUGAAGCGAGUGAAGAGGGCAAUGGCCUUUGUGAGUUCGACAGUUGAGUCAGUGGCGGCGGCCUCGUCGGACAAGCAGUUGCUAGCAAGUCUGGAGAUAGAUGACGAGAAAGGGAAAACGUGGAGGUUCACAGCGAUCCCGGAGCGAGACGCAUUGUUCAAUCGCUUGGUUUCAAUUGGUGAUCAGAAAUGGAAGAACAUGUGA